UUAUCUACUGAGGAGCGUACAGAAUCCCUCAGAUCAGUGAGAUCAAUAAGAUCAGCAAUAUCAAGAAAUUCAGAAGAUCUUCAACGAGAGUUUGAGGAAACUCUCAUUGAACCCAUAUUUCAUUCACAAGGACAACGGGAUGGGAGAGGUAGACGUUUACUGAUCUUACUUCUACAUUCUUCUCCACCAAAUGAGCCU